GCCAUCCGGAGAGGACUGCACUAAAGUGUGAACCUUCUCCAAGUAAUAAUGGUUUUAAUUUUAACCAUAGCAUUAUUUGUGCUUGUUGGUCCGGUGUUUGGGGCGACAAAUAAUUGUGCAGAGAAACAAUACAAUGUCGUCUGUAACCUGGCAAGUUGGUCGGUCUAUCGCGAAGGGGAAGGAGCGUUCAACAUUAGUUACAUCAUCCCGAGCUAUUGUACCCAUAUCGUUUACACAUUCGCUGGAUUGAAUUUGGGCGGUGGGGUCGAUUCGUUGGAUUACCAUAAUGACAUCAAUGUGCACAAGGGUUACCAGAGAAUCAUUGAGCUUAAAGAGGAGAAUCCGUGUUUGAAGGUCCUUUUAGCCAUUGGUGGAUGGAACGAGGGUUCGGAAAAAUAUUCACUGAUGGCGGAAUCGGAAGAGACUAGGGUGGCGUUCGCCGAUAGUGCUCUACGCUUCUUGGCUCACUUUGGGUUUGAUGGAUUGGAUGUCGAUUGGGAAUAUCCUACUAUGCGGGGAGGGAUCCCAGAAGAUCGAGAAAACUUCGUUCUUUUGCUGCAGGCCCUUCGUGAAAAGUUCCGCCAUCGGAACAAAAUCCUUUCAACGGCCAUCAGUGGGUCUCCGGCUAUCAUUCAAGCGGCCUACGAUAUGCCAGCCAUCUGUGAGGUGGUCGAUUUUGUAUCCCUGAUGGGGUAUGACUACAGCGUCAAAGACAAGACCAGCGUAGAUGGGCCUCUUUAUUCGGAACCUGUCCUGCGAUCGGAAUCAAUCGACGGAGCCAUUUCCUACAUUCGCAAGAGUGGCUGCCCUCUGGCCAAGAUCAACUUGGGUAUUUCAACCAUGGCCAAAACGUACACACUGAAGCCGGGAGCAACGGCCAACGUUAAUACGGGAACUGCCGUUCAGGGUCCGGGUCGGGCAGGACCAUUUACCAAGAGUGUCGGCGUUUUGGGUUAUAACGAGCUCUGCACCAUGCUGAUGGAUGGCAAGGGCAAAAUGGCAUUCUUGCGUAACGUGGGAGUGAAAGUGACCGUCCAGGGUGACCAGUGGAUUACUUACGACGAUGGAGACACGGUCGAUAUCAAGGCAAACUACGUGAAACAAAAGGGACUGGGAGGCAUCAUGUUCUGGACGAUCGACACGGACGACUUUAUUGGAGACUGCUUCAACGAAGCUUACCCGAUGCUGGUGGCCGCCAACAAGGUGUUUGGAUAUAUUGUUUAGAGAUGGAACAUUUCGCGCUGAUUUAUAACUAUGCUGCAUAAUAAAGUUUGUUUGCGAUGCGACCUUGAAAAAGCAAUAUGCGAGGACUUUGACAUUUCUUUUAUGAUUCAGCAACUGGUUCGCUAGUUCGUUUUCACACAUCGGAUCUGCAAACUUAAAAA